AUUGAAACAUAUAAUAUACGCGGUGUAAAACCGGCGAAGGAACGGAGAAUCAAUUACAAAAUUAAUUAAUCAGGCCGAAUAACGAAACGCGUUCCAGAUAAUUCUCUAAAAAAAAAUCGAUUUUUAAUUACUUACUAAAUAGAUUAUAUCCAUUGCGUGAUGCUUUAUUAUAAUUAUGAGUCACGAAAUGCUGGCUGAGAUUUCAGCUAGUCUGACGGCGACCGAUGACACGUGACGUGACUAUCCCCCCCUUUGGAAGAAAUAUCAUCCUAAUUUGAUAAAGCUUUUAUAUCAGCGUGCGUCGAUUCCCAUGAGAUAAAUCGUGUGCGGGUGGGUUGCGCGUGCGCGCGCGCGCGCGCGUGUAAAUAAAUAAAGCUUAAAUGGUGCGCGCCUUAUAGCACGCGCAGCGCAGCUUCUCGCGCUUUCUUUGCCAAGAGUGGUCAAGAGCGCAACGGCGUCACGCCGACGGCGACGCAUAUUCGUCCUCUCUCGAAGCGGCCGCGCUCCGGUCAGGGCAGUCAGUCAAAACACUGAUCGAGUGAUACUCACUUGGCGGUCGGCACUCUCGGCAGUCUCGGCAGUAUGCGUCGACGAUGUACGUCUCGAUACGCGGUACGCGGCGGCCUCGCGUGAGCUAUCGUCCGGCGCGUGAGCUAUUGUCUGCCCUCGGAUGACCUGGCGAACCUGGCGAUCUUCCCCUCGCGCUCGUAUGGCUGUGACCAGUGUGAUCGCGAGGCGCGAGAGAUCCUACGCUGGUUAUGACCAUUUUGUGGAAUGUAUACAUGACUAAAAUAACGUGAGAAAAAUGGUAAGCAAUUUACCACAAGAAUUCAAGAGGUAUCAACGAAACAGGAAUCAGCUACGUCACAUACUUGAGGAGACACAACGUACAUUAGAAGUCAUAAAGCUUGAAAAUUUUUUCCCUGGAGAGAAUAUUAUCGAGGAAUUACUGCCACCGUUGACCUUGGACAGAGUGACCCACAUUCUUGAUAAUUCCCCAGCAAUAGUUAUUUUUGGGCAAGACAAUAAAGCCAAAGCCUCGCUGGUCAACAACUUGCUCUCUAUCGACAUUUUGCCACUGUCCAACAAUUCAUGGAGAUGGGUCAAGAUUACUUAUGGCCAUACGAAUCAUGUCAGUCUUACGUUAGGUUUAGAAUACGAAGUAGUCGAGACGUUACAAGCAAACGAAAAAUCAUGGAGCACCCUUCCGCUCGAGGAUCUGGAGAAGUCGUUAAACGAGGAUAUCAAUUGUCCUACAGUGCUGGAGGUGAAGUUAGAUCAAGCAAUACUGAAAGAAGGUGUUCAAAUAUUUGUUGUCCCCAACACUGGCGUAGUAAAAGUUCUCGCUAAAGGUUCACUGAAGAUUUUACCCGUAUUUCUUUAUGCUCUCGGGGAGCAGCCGUUGACUGAGGAAAAUUUGGAAGAACUGAGAGAUUUGAAGGAGACUUAUCCGUACAAUCCAAUUUUAUUCAUAUCGUCGUUAGCUAAUGUUCUGUUGGAUGGCACAGAUGCGGAAUUGACUGAGUCUGAGCAGCACAGUCUGCAAAAUCGAAUUGAAGUGCCGAGCGUAUCUAAGGAGUCGAAGAGUGAUGAUAGUAUUAAUAUUGACAAAAUGAAUUCACUCGGUCUAACGUGGCUAGAUCAGUUGAGCAGCUUGGGAUUCCUCGGGAUGGAAGAGUCUGUGGAAGUUCAUCAAUUAACAUGGCUCGUCGGCGAGCAGUACGUUAAUAAUUCGAGCGAUCUGGUGGAUUCAUGCAAAAAAACGGACCGCGUCUUACACUUCACGCGUGCCUGCUUGCAAAGCUAUCUGAUUAACGCAAGCACUUAUUUGAAUGAAAUACACACGAGCAGUCUACGUAAAUUUAUUUUAAGUGCGUUUGACAUGGCACGAAAGAUACAGAUCACUCCUAGGAGGAUACAAUACGCCCAACAAAAGGAAAACGAACUUUACGCUAGUCUAAUGAAGGUUGUUAAUGAGCAGCAGGUGGAAUUAACUGAAUUGAUACAAUGUAUUAUUCAGGAGAUGAAAGACGAUAUAUUAGGAUCUGCCGGUGAUGUUUCCCAGUAUCAGGUCGUUCCUUUCGACGACAGUGAACAAACGGAGUGGACGGUCACGGUUCGCGUUGCGACGUCGGAAGUUCAACGAUUUGUGCUGAGCCGCUUGGGCGAGAAGGUCGCAAAGGAGCUCGUAAACUCGGUUAACUGCCUUCGAGAGACUUUCAUCGGAACUCUUCAACGUUGCUUAAUAAGUCUCGAGAAAACCUACGAACAUGAUAGCGGCCUACUAGCUAGCGAUGCCCUAAAGCAAAUACUCUCCGCGGCGUACAACGUGGAAUUGCAUAAUUCGUCACCGUCCUUGGUGCAUUCGUUCUUGGAAAGAUUGAGACAGCUCUUCAAAUCUUUACCGCUGCCAUGGACACCCACUCCGAUUCUGGACGCGGCUUGGAGAAGGAAGGUUACUGUCGACAUCUUGAAUUCCCUGUCGGCAGCGAGAUUGGCGAAGACAAUUUCCACGCAGUUCAGAGACAAACUGAGAUCGUCGCACGAUGCCUUCCAGACCGCCUUGAAGUCUCUAGAAAACUAUUACUCGGGGAAGUUAGAGAGAACCGAGGAGCAGAGGGUGGCUAUACGAAAGUACCACGCGCCCAAGCUAGCUAAACUCGCGUUGGAGUCAACGUCGAUGAUGGACACGAUUCGCUUCGGCAUUCCUCAGUACGGCAAGGAGAUUGGUAGAGGACAGUACGGUGUGGUGUUUGCUUGCGAUGGCUGGGGCGGAGCGCCGGGACCGUGCGCCAUAAAAUCCGUCGUUCCGCCGGACGAGAGACAUUGGAACGAUCUCGCAAUGGAGGUUUACUAUACCAGGUCGAUACCGGACCACAAGAGGAUAGUGAAGCUUCGCGGGUCUGUUGUCGAUCAAUCGUACGGCGGAGGAUUCGGAUUGGGCACCGCAGUUCUUUUAAUCACCGACCGGUUAAGUCGCGAUUUGUACUGUGGCAUACACGCCGGCCUUUCGUGGCUGGAACGUAUACAAAUAGCAAUAGACGUGCUGGAAGGAAUACGCUAUCUCCAUUCGCAAGGCCUGGUUCAUCGUGAUAUCAAAUUGAAGAACGUCUUACUCGACAUGGAAAACAGGGCUAAACUAACCGAUCUCGGAUUUUGUAUUACCGAAGCUAUGAUGUCGGGCAGUAUCGUGGGAACGCCGAUUCACAUGGCACCGGAACUUCUGUCUGGCCAUUACGACAGCAGCGUCGAUGUCUAUGCCUUCGGCAUCUUGUUUUGGUACAUAUGUGCUGGGAAGGUUCGAUUACCAUACGCAUUUGAGCAAUUUCAUAACAAGGAGCAAUUGUGGACAAGCGUACGAAAGGGUCUUAGGCCUGAGAGACUACCACAUUUUGACGAGGAGUGCUGGACGUUAAUGGAACAAUGUUGGUCUGCAGAACCGUCCAAACGACCGUUGCUCGGUGCAAUUCAACCGGUGUUAGAAUCUAUUCAGGAUAAAGCAGAAAGAGGCAAGUCCUUGCAACUAGGCGCACUGCUACAAGAGGGUUCUUCAUUCAAACAAAUAAAUCCUGCGCUAGCAUUAGCAGAGCCUAAUAACCAAAGAGGUGCUGUAUUCAGUCCGCUUCCUCCUAGACGCAAGGCUUUUAGAACUGUCAAUCCUGUCGCAAGACCUUUUCACAAGACCAAAUUUUUCCAAACGGAUAUAGUCUUCGCAACCGAACCUGCAUGAAAAUUUGGAUGGAUAUUGAUAAGACAAUUGUUUCAAGAGAAUAAUAAUCAUAUACAUUUUUAAUUACUCGAUGAGUGUGAAGAUGUGAAGAUCAUGCACAGAACAAUUUGAUCAAAAAGCGACAUAAAUGUAUAAAGUUUGUAUAUAUUUUUUUAAAAAAGGAAUAGCAAUCUCUUAAGGUACGAGUUAUUAGUUAUUUAGCUUUUUAAUUCCGUUCCAUCGAUUAAUUUUAAUCGAAUAUUUAUAAAGCAGUUUAUAAUAUUACAUAUAUAUAGAAAACAUAAUUGUCUAUGUUUUAAAAAAGAUAUGUUUAUGAACAUUAGAUACUUAGCUGAGCAUUAUUUAUUACAUAUUACAUAAUGUCUGUGAUGUGCUCCAUGACUAACCAUAUUUUUACACCAUUUUCAAAAAGAAAUCGUUUUGCAAAAUUCGAUGUUGGAACAAUAAUAAUAAAAUCUAGUGCAGAUGCUGAAUGACCAAUUCUUUUUGUAAAGAUUCUUGAAGCUCUUUUACUUAAUUAUUUAUUGUAUUUAAUUACUUACCGAACAUGUAUAAUCUUGAAAUGUAUAUAAAAUAUAUAUUAAACACUUACAUAAAAAUGGGACCAAACUGCAACUAUGAAACAGAUGAAAGUGGAAGAAAAUAUCAUAAGGAAUAAAAUUGGAUUGAACUUUACAUAAUAUUAACGUCAGAAUAGGAAAUUAAAAUUAUUAAUUUAAUUUUGCUUUAUAAAUUUUUUUCUGUUCCUGCUUCAAAGUCGCAGUUUCGUUCAUUUAAGCAUAAAGCAUCCUAUGCAAAUUAAAAUUAAUAAGUGAAAAAUCCGAAUGUUUUUUUAGUUUCUUGUGUGACUUAAUAUUAUAAUUUCCUAUUUGAUUAUAGAUCCCAGAGCCAUAAGUUUUAAAUUAAUGAUCAAAAACCUAUGUUAUGAUGUUGACAAAUGUUAUCUAAAGAAUGUUAUUUAAAGUAUUAUUGUCUUACUAGAGAUAAACCUACUAGAGAUAAAUUUUUUAUUCUUAAGA